UAUACAAAAAAAGUUGAAAAAUAAUCAAAUUUGUGCUGCUGUCACAUAAAUUUCAUGAAAUAUUCAAACAAAUUGAAAAUCAAAAAAUUUUAAUUUUUUGUAGUCUCGUUAUCGUGAAACGAGAUCAAUCUCGCCAAAUAAUUAAAAAAAAAAAUACCUAAAAUAUAUUUGGGAGAAAAAAAAAUUCCAACUUUGACAGUGUGCGUGGCAGUGAGUUUGAAUUUCGUGUGUGUAAACACAGGAAAACCCAAAAACAACAAAAAAAUAUCGUGUUUGCGAGUGCAACGAUAACAAGUUUUCGUCAUCGAAAAAACAUCUCGUUGUCCUUGUCGCACUUAUUUGGAAACUACAUUUCUGUUUCGAUUUACACACUUUCGCCGUAGAGUAGUUGUUGUUCGCCGUGGUCGGUCGUAGUGUCGCGCGCGUCGAGAACAUAUUUCAACUAGAAAAAGACAAUAACAAAAAUAUACAUUUUGUUUCUCCUUUUCCACAUAUAUAUUCGCUAAAUUGAAUUGCAUUUCUUUUUUCUUAUCACAUCGAUUACAAAGAGUAUAUUAAUAAUUUGUUGGUUCGUUAAAAUCCAUUCAUAAUAAAAAUCGCAUAAUGGCUGAUGUUAGUGAUGUGACUGACGUUUUCGAUUUGGAAUUGCACGAGGAAGAAAAUCAUCGAGACUCGGAUGACGAUAUUAUCGAACUUGAUGAUGUCGACCUAGAACCAGAGCUCAGUAUAAAUAUGCCACAAGGAUCAGAUGGUUCAGAAACUAUACAACUAUCAGAAGAAAACGUCAAUCCUGGAAAAAUAAAAUUGGGACCAAAAGAUUUCGAACUUAAAAAGGUGCUGGGCAAAGGUGGAUAUGGAAAAGUUUUUCAAGUUCGCAAAACCGCUGGUCGAGAUGCUAAUAAAUAUUUUGCCAUGAAAGUCCUCAAAAAGGCAUCAAUAGUCACAAAUCAAAAAGAUACAGCUCAUACAAGAGCUGAACGAAAUAUAUUAGAAGCUGUAAAGCAUCCAUUUAUAGUAGAACUAGUUUAUGCCUUCCAAACAGAUGGAAAAUUGUAUUUAAUCUUAGAAUACUUGAGCGGUGGAGAGCUAUUUAUUCACUUGGAACGCGAAGGUAUAUUUCUAGAAGACACAACAUGCUUUUACCUCAGUGAAAUCAUAUUGGCCUUAGGUCAUUUGCACUCACUUGGAAUUAUAUAUCGAGACUUAAAGCCUGAAAAUAUCUUAUUAGACGCACAAGGACAUGUUAAACUAACCGAUUUCGGUCUAUGCAAAGAACACAUACAAGGUGGUAGUGUCACACAUACAUUCUGUGGUACUAUUGAAUAUAUGGCUCCAGAAAUUCUAACAAGAAGUGGCCAUGGCAAAGCCGUAGAUUGGUGGUCACUUGGAGCUCUGAUGUUUGAUAUGUUAACUGGCGUGCCGCCAUUCACAGCCGAUACCCGCAAAAAGACUAUUGAAACUAUAUUAAAAUCAAAAUUAUUCAUACCUGGAUACCUCACACAAGAUGCUAGAGACUUAGUACGCAGACUUCUUAAGCGUGUCGUCCAUCAAAGACUUGGUUAUGGACCUGAAGAUGCCGACGCUGUACGAGGUCAUCCAUUCUUUAAGCAUGUCAAUUGGGAUGAUGUUCUAGCCAGACGUUUAGAACCACCAAUUAAACCAGUAUUGAGAAGCGAAGAUGACGUGUCACAGUUUGAUACAAAAUUCACCCGACAAAUUCCAGUUGAUUCCCCAGAUGAAACCACUCUCAGUGAAAGUGCCAAUUUAAUAUUUCAAGGUUUUACUUAUGUAGCACCAUCAGUCCUAGAAGAUAUGCAACGAGCCAACCGAAUGCCAGCCAGAUCACCACGACGCACUCCGCGACAAAAUCACGAUGGUUCAUAUCGUUUAGCGUUUCCGCCACAACGAGGCAUGUGUUCGCGUGCAACACCACCACAUCUACAGACAUUUGCCCCCCGACCAUCGCCGCAGGACGAAAUGAUGGACGUACAGGGUCCUGUUGUAUAGUUUGCAAUGUUGCAAUCAAACAUAAAUAAAACAAACAACUAGCAAAAUGAAAGGAAAAAACAGAAAUAAAAACAAAAGUUACAAAACAAAGUAAAACGAAUAUAUAGACAAAAAGGCAUGUAAAAUAUACACUAUAUACCACAUAAUAUGCUAUACAUAUACAGUUAUAUUUUUUUUUUUUGCGAGAAUAUAGAUAAUUUUUUUUCAUUAAAAUAUACUUACAACUUAAGUUUAUCAAAUUGUGUUUAUAAAAAAAAGAAGAAAAAAAAAAUAAAGCUUUUGCAAAGCAACCCAUGUAAAUGUUUUAAGUUGAAUUUAAUAAUUGAGUUUAUAGGCAGUAAUCAAUAUAAUUCAUUGCGCAGUUAUUUUUAUUUUUAUAUAUUUAAUUUUUUUCUAUUUACCUGCUAGUUGCAUAAUUUUGAAUAUUUGAUUCAAUUCUCAAAGGAAAUUUCACAAAAAAAAAAAUGUUUAAAGUGGUCGAACCAGAAUUUUUUGAAAUUUUUCACUCGUCUCUUUAAAACAAAUAAAUAUUUGAUUGAGGUUAUUUUUUACCCUACGAAAUAUUCGCACAAUAAUUUAAAACCACUUUUGUGUUCUUUGUUUCAAAACAAAACAAUCAUGUUAUGUUUAAAACUCAACAAAAAAAAAUAGUUUGUUUUCGUUUUUUCAUACCAUUAAGGCUUCAAAACUGUUCUCCCUACUUUAACAUAAAAUUCGAUGAUCAUAAUUAUUCUUCACCAAAGUGGUUAAAAAUUUAAUAAUUGUAUUGUUUAAUAUUUAGAACAAACUCCAGAAAAUUUGCAAAAAUAGCGCCAAGUCAACAAACUUAUUCAAUUGCAAAAACCCGCUCUCACGUACAGAAUCAGCAAAGCUAUCGGUUUUUAAUUCAUCCAUUUCUGAGGCCAAAUGAAUCCCGGUUUCCUUGCAUUUGUUUUUUUUUUUUUUUAAUUAGUUAUAUUUUCGGUUAUAUUUGGAAGAUUUAAAAUUGUAUUAUUGAUGUAAGAUAAUAUAUGCAUGUUGUUCAGGUAGAAAGUAUAAUCGAAAAUUAGCCUACAACUUCGAAACUGUAGAAUGAAGUCACAUAGUAUGGUCCAAGGUGUCUAAUUUUUUCUCGUUAAAGAUCUAAACUGAUGAACCUCUUGAAGCUGUUUUCUUUGAUAUCUAUAUCACUACACGGAUAAAAAAGACAAGAUAAAAACAAGCAGAUUCUGCAUUAAAUAAAGCGGAUUUCUACAUGGUUUACCAUGUCGAUUUUUAAAAAAUAAAAAUUCCUUUUAAAAUUAAAUAAAGUUCACCUUAAAUUUAACAGAAUUUAAGUGGAUUCCAAUUAUUUUGAGCCUAAUUCCUAUUAUUUUAAGAGGGUAGGAUUUGAAAUGGGCAUCAUCUUAUUUUAAGGUGCCCUUUUUUUUCCGUGUAGGCAUAUGAAAGUUGUUUCAUUUUGAAAUUUUUGUUAAAAGCCAAGAAUUUUCUUUUCAGUCAGUUUCACUAGUCUGCAACGCGGAUUGAUGAUUAUCCCAAUUCCAAAUUGAAUUUUCUUAUUUACAAAAAAUUAAAUUUUAAGAAAAAAGAUAGAUACAUCCUUCCGUUUUCCAGUUGAUGCCUUUUCUCUGAAACCAUUUAAUGCAUCAUCCGAUCCGAUCAUCAUAAAUGUAAAAACGCAAUUGCACUUUCUAAACCCAUUUUUGAUUUAAAAGUUCUGUCUGAUCUUAGUUACUCACUAUCGAGUUGAGAUUAAUAUUUUUUGUAUUUUUUAAAUGUGCUCAAUGUCUUUUCGUUAUUUCUUUCUGUUGUAGGGACGUUAUAGAUUUUAAAUUCCGCAUUAUGAAUACCGAAUCGAAAUAGUCUGCAUUUAGUUUAAUGUUCGAUUCGCUGUUCAUAAUGAGGGCUUGCUUAAAGAUUUGGGUAUGAAAUUUUAGAUGCGAACUUAUCUAUGGAAUGACUCGUUGGAAUUCAAAUCACAAGUCUGCAAAGAGAAAGAAAAAGUGAGAGCCUUUUAACAAGUUCAACAAAGCCUUUAAGAGCUUAAACAAAAGUUGAUCUUCACAAAGUCCUUCGGACUAGAGUUAAUUGCAAAAGAAACCCAAUUGCAUAAAAUGGAACCGAAUUGGUUAACAGACUUUAUUUGAUAAUGGAAAAUAAAAAAAAAAAAAAAAAAACAGAGUUAAUGUAAGCGUGUCAAAUUGAUACAGCAAAAAAAAAACAUAUUAUUUCAAAAUGGCCGAUCGAAUGUAGAUUUCAAUCGUGUAUAACCCGACUUAAGACGUAAAAGGCUAUUGAAGUCCAUUUAGUCGUGUCGUGUUUAUAACGUCAAACUGAAUUUAUUUUAUGCUGUGAAAUAUUCAACCAAACAGAUUUAAUAUCAACAUGUCAAAAAGAAAUUGACACAGAAAAACUAACAAUUUUCAAAAUGGCCGCUCGAAUUAAUAUUUUAAUCGUUUAUAACGCGGAAAAAGAAGUUUAACUUCAAAAAUGAUUCAGCUGUGUAAAAUUUAUUUAACACUGCAAAAAAAAUAAAUCAAACAGAUCUAAUGUCAGCGAUACAAAUAGAAAUUGAUGCAGCAUAAAAAAAAACCAUUUCAGUGUUAAAUUUUAUUUUGUGUGCGACUAAAGAAGUUUAACUUCAAAAAUGACAGCUGUGUCUGAAGAAAAAUUAUGUUUUAAUUUAAAUUAGCAAUAAAAUUUUGCAUAAAUUCUGUUUAAGGUCACUUUUUCAGUGCUGGGUUAACUAAGAGUAAGUCCCACAAAUUAAUUUAUCUUUAAUUUAGACAAAAAUGGAAUUUUCAGGAGAGUAUAGAUGCGGAAAUGCUUAAAAAAUUUGAAUUGUUGAACAUCAGAUACAUUUUGUUUACUUGAUCCAGGGCUAACUCAAGAAAAUAGUUAAGUUAACUCGGGAUUAACUUCAAUCGUGGGGGAUUUUUUUUUUGUAUUAAAAACAAAACAAUAAGUAAAAAAAAAACAAUCUAACACUUUGUUCAAGAAUUGAACUAAAAACUAAGACGGUGUUCAGUUUGAACUUUGUCCUUUGUCCAAUUUUAACGUCUCUGUGUUGUUUUUUAACUCUUGAUUCAUAAUGAGAAAGAAAAAGCAAAAAAAGACAGACCAUUAAUUACGAGUGAGAAAGCAACACAGGCGUCAAAAUGAGUAGGACGACUGACUGGAGGACCCACAGCCAAAAGUUUGCUUCUAUUAGUAGAUAUCCGUCGGAGCGGAAAUUUUUCCGAUUUCAAACGAACCGGAUAGUUUUUACCUGAAGCACACAUCGAAGUAUAUUUCGUAUGAAAUCGCAUAAUUUUCUGCUCCGAAGGAUACCUCGGUAUGGUCGAAUGUUUCUGCCUAAAAAAUUAAACAAGCCAUUUUUUGUUUUUUGUUACAAUCAAAUUUAAACAAAUUUUUCUAUAUGCAAAAAUUAGUACUUAAAUGAUGAAUUGUUCAAAAUCACAAUGAAGCCGUUAAAAGAAUUCACAUCGAAAAAAAUCAAUGUCAAUGUCAAAACAACUAAAUCUCAGGCUUAGGACCUUGUCAAUUGUCAAAAAUGGGAUGAAAAGGGAGACUAGAAAUACCUUAUGUUUACUUUUAAAUUCGCCUGUCGCAUUUGUUGUCUUUCUAUAUUUUUUUAACAAAAUUUUGAAAUUUAAAUUAUAUUGUUUGUAUUGUUUUUUUUUUUUGAAGAAUCAACAAAUUACUGUUAGAUUUGAAUAUUAAUAAAUAAACGACUAUUUUUAAAUUUCCGCAACAGCUCAAUUAACUCCUUAACUUUUUAGUUUUUACAUUUCCUCAGUUUGCUCCUACAAAAAAAACUAAGAGGAAUUUUUUUUUUCAAGUGGUGGACUUGAAAUUAUUCGCUGCGUAUUUAAUAUUUAAUUUUAAGUAUAAUUGCAAACACAAUAUAAAUAAAGAAAUAUUUAAAUAUUUUACACAAUAUAUAUAAAUAUAAAGAGAAUUUGCAUGUAUACAUAUUAUAUAUUAUUAAAAUGUGGUCCGUUUUUACAAAUAAAUAUAUACAUACAUUAUUAUCUUAAAUAAUUUUUUUUUUUGUAUUUUAUUAAUUUAUAUUUUUAAAUAUAUUAAAAACAAAAUAAAAAAAGGUUUGCCUCUUUUACUUUUUUGUUUGUUUUGUCUUAUAUUUUUGUUAUUGAUUAUUUUUUAAUACUUAGUGCGGCGACUUGUUGUUUUUGUUGGCAGCCAUCUUAAAUCAUUUAUAACCUAUUAGAUUAAAAAAAAAAAAAUAACAAACAGAACAAACAAAAAAAAAUAUGAAAACUCGAUAAUAUAUGAAAAGAACUAAAGCAAAAAAUAAGGCAUUUUACGCGUGGCUUUAUUCCUAUUCAAAUAAUUUUGUUUCAAAUUGUUUAAUAUUUUUCUGUUUACAACAAACAAAAAUAAAGCAAUAAAAUAUUUUUUUAAAGAAAAGGUUUAUUUUUCUAAAUACAAUUUUAUAAACAAAAUAUAUAGUUUGAAAUAGCUUCUUUAUAAUAAUUGUUUUUAUUUUUGUCAAAACUGUUUAAAAUAAAAAACAAGCAAAAAAAAAUAUUUCGCUACUGCGUUACUAUAACUGAAAAUUUAUAAAAACAAAAAAAAAAAAACACAAAAUUACAAAUAAUCUAAAGGUGCUAUUAAACAAAAAUAAAAAAAAAAAACAAAAAAUAUAUUAUUGUGUAUUAAAAGACAGAAGAAAAAAAAAAAAAUAAUAACAUAUACCUCGAUGCAAUUAUUAUAUUUUUUAAAUUAUAAACAAAUACUAAGCAAAAUAAAACAAGAAAAUUUGUAAAUCAAAUAUUAUGCUACACAACAAACAAACAAAAAAAAAAAGCAAAACAUGAAAUGCCUUGUUUUUUACAUAAAAAAGUUCAAAUUAAGUUUCUUUAUUUAAAGAAAAAUUUGACGCAAAAACAAAAAUAAAAA